AUGAUGAGAGAAAUGAUGCAGAAGUUCUCAGACGGGAGGUCUGUUCACGCAACCAAGCAUAUGGAUCUAGUGUCAAGAACCACUGAGAAGUCUCCCUUAUCAGAGUGGAUUCAGAAUGAGCCUAAGCCCCGAGACUUUGUCAUCCCUUCCCUGCCUGCGUUUAAUGGAAAGGGAGAUCCAUUAAACCACCUGUUCCAAUUUCAGCAGAAAAUGGCGCUAGAGGCCAACAACGAAGCCAUUCAAUGCAAGGUCUUUUCAACGACUUUCUCUGGGCUAGCUUUGUUGUGGUUCCGACAGUUAAAGCCCGGAUCCAUCAAUAGUUGUAGUGAUCUCCGACGAACUUUUCUACAACAAUAUAGCGCGAAUCGUGAGGCACCAAGAACAAUGGAUGACCUCUAUCGGAUCGAGCAAGGGGAAAAUGAACAUCCGAAGGCGUAUUUACAGCGUUUCAUUGACCUCGUGCAUCAAAUCCACGACGUCGACCCGAUUACCGCAGCCAAUCUCUUCGUCAAAAGCUUGCAGGUGGGAUCUCUCUUACAUGAAAAUCUCACCAUGACACCACCUUAUGACACGGCCGAGGUUCAGACCCGAGCCGAGGGCGUCUUCAGGGUCUUAGAAUUUCGAGAGCAUGCACAAAAGAAAUCUGCACUUAUCUCUGCUCCACCAGCAAAUAACCCUCCGCCACCUGCUAGAGAUGACAAGAGGAAGAGGAAUUAG